CACCAGACUUUGAUGCAAAAUAUUUACCGGCGAGAAUGUGUGAGAAUUUGAAAAUCCGACGAAAUUCAGUUGGCGAAAAUGUGUGACUCAUAUCCUCCCGAUAACUACAGUUGGUUACUUGUUCGAGACUUAUAGAAUUAAUCGCGCGCGCUGCAGUCAAUGUCAAUGCGUGUGUGCUGCGCAGCGCUUACUCACCGCAACAUCAACAAUCUCCAAGUCUGCACGUCGUCACUCAGCUCAGCUUCCACAUCCUCCUACCGGGUCUCCAGAUGCCCAGGCUGUCAUAUGUGUGGUGCUCUUGUGAGAGCUACAGAUGUCGAGAUAAUCCUGAUGCAAGUGGUCAGAAACUACAGGCCGUUCAGACAGCUGCAAGACAUCAUGACGCUGAUCAGCAGCUCCGCGAUGCUCGUGCCGCUGAACCAGUUGAUGAUGUCGCUUCUGGGCAUGACCUACCUGCGCAUGAGCCCUUUGGAGCCGACGAACCAUUUGCGCAUAGUGAUGAUGAUGGGGAAGUGAACUUAGACCAUCCUGAGCUGCUAGACAACCUCUUCGAGACGUGGAAUGAACCCCCCAAUGUUCAAGGCCCAGAUAACUUCAGCACUGACGAAGAUGAAGAAAUCUUUCAGCGACUUGGACGGUCCAAUGCACCAGAGGAUGAUGUGGAAGAUCCCGCUGUUCCUGAUGAUGAUCCUGGCGCUGUUCCUGAGGAUGGUGAUGGUGUCCCCCGUGAGGAUGAGGCUGUUGCCGCUAUUGAUCUCUUUGUAUCACAGGGCACCCAGUUUGAUUUCUCGGAUGUCCAAGAAGCAGCGGAUAUUCACGCUGACCCUCCGUCAUGCAUGGACGACCACCCAGCAGUCCGCAAUGCAUACAUACGUGCAUUUAUAUCCGCAGCUUUCUACAAUGCUACUCAUGCGGCGGUAUAUCACGAUCUUGAAGGAAAGGAGCGCCUUCUGCGCACCGCUCAACAGGCCAACCCUGAUAUCGAGUAUCCAGGGCUCGAUAACUUUGCCCGCACACUCCCUACCCUCCUCAGACGACUUGGUCUAUCAACAGAUCAAUUUAUUGUCUAUUUUUUCCUACACCAUCCAUCAGAGCUUUCUGAGCUACUUUCCCCUGAUUGCACUGUCGCUGAUUGUGACGGAUCAUUGUACACCUCGAAACGACUCGCUGAUGGCACCCUCAAACGAACUCCAACAAAAAUCGUCCCAUAUGUACCUCCCGAACGGGCUCUCCAGCGAUUUCUUCUACGACCAGGCAAAUGGGACCAAUUCCAGCACUGGCGUGGCCCUGAAGACCAGCCAGGUCGUGUCCUUCCUAUUCCCGGUCGUGGAUAUGAUUCAUUUCCUGACCCGUCUAAGCCAAUGAGGGACAUCUAUGAUGGGUAUGGCUGGCGUAUGAUCGAAGCGGGGCUAGAGCGUCGAAGAGGUGGGCGCUGGGAAAUAGAGGAUGUAGACGUGCAUGAACUUCAUCAACGCUUCGUUUCGCUACCUUGCGGACUGGUCUGGCAGAUCAAUAUUGACUGGUUUCAAGUGGUCAAAGGAAAAUCAGGCUAUCAUUCCACGGGCGCAUUUUAUGCUGUUAUCUGCAACAAUCCGCGCUCUAUUCGUUAUCUUCCGGAAGAAACAAUCCUUGUUAUGGUUAUGCCAGGACCUGACGAGCCAUCGUUAGAGGAGAUGAACUAUCUCUUAGAACCGUUUGUGGAGAGUAUGCUUCGUUUGGAAAAGGGAGUAGAAUUCACCGUUCAUGGUCACGAUGAUCCGGAGGUGUCACACUCUCAUCUGUACUGUAAUGUAUCUGAUCUCCCGUCAAGUCGCAAAGUGACCGGCCUCCAAGACUUCAAGGACCGAGAUGACUGGAGGUAUAUCAAGUAUUCGUUUCGUUCACGUAAUGCAGACUCUGCGACUGUCGACACCAUUCAUGAGAAUCGAGGCGUCCGUUGGUCUGCCCUCAAUUACCUUCCAGAUUGGAUGCCUGCUCGUAGCUCUGUCGUCGAGUUCAUGCAUGCCGUGUUUUUGUGUUUGGUGAAGCAUCUUAACAGGAUCAUCCUCAUCAAGUCUGGUUUACUCAAUGGAACGAGACUUGUCAAGCCAAUGGACCGACUUGAGGCCUUUUUUUCAGGGCUUGUCUGGCCAGUCGAAGCAAAUCGUUUACCACCUUCACUUUCAACUGGCAAGGGAUCACCUAAGGCGGAUCAGUGGCGCAAUCAAAUUGGAGUCCUUUUUGUCGCUCUGUAUGAUGCGUGGGCAGUCGACGGCGAGAUCCCAGAUCGCGAUGCACCUCCCUCAGCGUCUAAUACCAAAAACUUCACUGCACAAGCCACGAUGCAGAAAACUCUUCGCUCGCGGCUUAUGGAGCAUCUCCUUGCUCGCAAUGCAAAUCCUUCUGAUGCUGAGAUCGCUCGUGUUAACUCUGCAACAAUGGAUCGUAAUUUACGUCGCCAUUAUGCUGUAAUUCUCGAGUUCUCUGCUGCUGUGCGCAUCCUGUCAUCUCAAUCUAUCAGUCCGGAUGAUGUUCGCAGAGGAUGUGCAGCGCUGUCUCAUGCCACACAGAGCUGGGCUCGCAUGGGAUGUCACUUGACCCCAUACUUUCAUUUUGUUAAUCACUUUGAACAACAGAUGUACGAAUUUGGACCUUGCUAUGCAACAUGGGCUUUCGCAUUUGAACGACAUAAUGGCAGGCUCGUGAAGAUCAAUCACAACCAGCAUAAAGGAGGAGAGCUCAAAGCUACACUGAUGCGACGAUGGUGGAACAUCACAUUUAAUUACGAACUCAUCCUUCAUAUAGAAGCUCUCCCUAACCGAACCGAGGAUGAUGAAGACUCCCUGCGUCUUCUUCGGACAUCCCUGAAGGCACAAGAGAAAACCAAUGUCAUUCAAGAGGAAUUGACUUUCGCCAAGCACCCUAAAAAGCUCUAUCUGUCGGCAAUCAGUGACGAUGUGUAUCAAAUCACGUAUGAGUACCUGCGCAAUGAGUGGAGGGCGAGUGUCCAUCUCAAGACUUCUAUGAACAUCUUGGGAGAUGGCGAGAACUUUAUGGGCCACACCAGAUCGUACUCUCACUUGUGGUUGCGGAGACUUUGUUAUGGUUCUGCAACUGCUCACCGAGGAAAGUCUGCCCGUUAUGCAUAUAUCAAUGGACGCCAUCCUGUGGAGAUUCAAUACCUACUACAAGUCACACACGAUAGACGUAAUGUUGAUGCAGCACCCCUUGUUGCGGAUCUUGCUAUUGUAUGGCGCUUUAUUUUGGAUGACAACAUACCUGAGUUUCCAUGGGCGCUUUGGGCGAUAGAUUUAGGUGUUUCUGCGUGGUACGCAGACCAGCUUGGUGAUUUGGAGGUGAUUCCUAUCAACACUUUGACGGGACACUUCAUCCUUGCUCCCAUUGAGGUACAUGACCAAAUGCUUUGGAUCACAGUGGUGUAUGAUCAUGGCAACCCAGAAGCAGAUGUGGACAUUGACGAUGACUGAACCAUUACCGAUAUAACAUUUUCUUGGAAUGAUACAGCUUGAUUGCGCAAGAAGUCUCUCAUACUAGGUUACUAGGCAUUGUACAAGUCCUCAUCAUCCUCGUCAGCUAGUGGCUCUCUUUCAUCAUCUGCUAAUUCUUCAUCGUUCAAACCUUGUGAUAUGGCUUGGGCUUGUUCAGGCAAUGCUAUGAUAAUAGCGACAUACC